CCGCAUUAUAGGAAAAAUCGGGGAGGGAUCGCCUUGUUCGUAUCUGCUUUUGCGUUAUUCUUCAGGACCGCGAUUCCGUUGGUCUGUAGGUGGCCGUGUUUGUCAGGCUUAUCCCCUUGUCCGGGAGCGAGCGACGUGGUGGAUAGGUUCAAUCACAGUAGGGUAGGGUCGACUGGUUCCAUUGUAUCAUCAUGCUGCUCGGGCUCGCCUACUUUGUUUCUUUCAUCUCAUGUCAAAUGCCACAGCUUCGUACUGUACUACUGUGUGUCCGUGGUUGUGUUUUGGUCGCUUGUAGACGAAGAUGUUGCUCUGAUUCCUCUCUCCCGUGCUGUCUACAAAUACCACCUGCAGUCCAGUGAUUGAUUCUAGACGGGAGACGGCAGUCCAGUUACAUUGGAAAUCUUGGGUUGCAGAGUCAUCGUUGUAGCUGAAUCUUAGUUUGGUACUCCACCUUCUUUUCCAUUCUCAGUUUGAGGAACCUAGUUCUUUCUGCUUCCCGGAUAGCAAACAUCCUCAAUGGUCGUCUUGAUCCUGUACAUGCCUAUUUACUGAUGAUGGAAAGCCAUAGUUCAUCACAUCCUCAGAUUGCUGAAGUGAAAAUGGACAUCUCACCGUCAGCUUCUGGAGCAGCAGGGAACAAAAUCUGCAGAGGUGCUGCCUGUGAUUUCUCUGAUUCCAGUAACAGCUCGAAAGAUGCCAAGGAGAGAUCCGCAUCCAUGAGGAAGCUUAUAAUUGCCGUGAUCCUUUGUAUCAUAUUCAUGACAGUGGAAGUUGUUGGCGGCAUCAAAGCAAACAGUCUUGCAAUCUUAACUGAUGCAGCUCAUCUUCUUUCUGAUGUGGCAGCUUUUGCCAUAUCACUAUUCUCUCUUUGGGCUGCUGGAUGGGAAGCAACACCACAACAGUCUUACGGGUUCUUUCGUAUUGAGAUUCUUGGUGCAUUGGUCUCCAUUCAGCUCAUAUGGUUGCUUGCUGGCAUACUCGUAUAUGAGGCUAUUGUAAGGCUCAUUAAUGAGAGCGGCGAGGUGCAGGGCUCCCUCAUGUUUGCUGUAUCAGCUUUUGGAUUAUUUGUCAACAUCAUAAUGGCUGUACUUCUGGGGCAUGACCAUGGACACGGCCAUGGCCACAGCCAUGGUCAUGGCCAUGGACAUUCACAUGAUCAUAGCCAUGGUGAUUCAGAUGAUGACCAUGAAGAACAAGAGCAGGGCCAUGUGCAUCGCCACGAGCACAGCCAUGGAAGUUCUAUUACUGUCACAACCCAUCACCACCACCACCCAAGCACUGGACAACAUCGUGAUGCUGAGGAACCAUUGCUUAAGCAUGAGGGUACCCAGUCUGCUGCCAAAUCUGCUAAGAAACAACGCCGAAAUAUCAAUGUACACAGUGCUUAUCUUCACGUGCUUGGAGAUUCGAUCCAGAGCGUCGGGGUAAUGAUUGGUGGGGCUAUCAUCUGGUACAAGCCUGAGUGGAAGAUCAUUGAUCUCAUCUGCACCCUCAUCUUCUCUGUGAUUGUACUGUUCACCACAAUCAGGAUGCUGCGCAACAUACUUGAAGUACUGAUGGAGAGCACUCCCCGUGAGAUUGAUGCCACCAGGCUCGAGAUGGGGCUCUGCGAGAUGGAUGGUGUGGUUGCUGUCCACGAGCUUCAUAUCUGGGCCAUCACAGUAGGGAAGGUGCUCCUAGCAUGCCAUGUGACAAUAGCAAGGGAAGCCGACGCUGAUCAGAUCCUUGACAAGGUGAUCGGAUACAUCAAGACAGAGUACAACAUCAGCCAUGUGACCAUUCAGAUCGAGCGCGAGUAGGGAUAUCUUUAGGCUGCCAGGGCAUAAAUGGUGUCUUUGCCGGUUAUCUUGUUCAUGUCGGCUAAUACUGCUUUUUGCACCGGGGAAGGCAUCAGACAGUCAAUCGAGCCACAAUGCGCUCACAGCUUUGAUGCUGGGUACUAUCAUCUAUUACUAGUCUAUUAGGUGAAGGAAUUAUUCGGGUGGUGUAGUUGUCAGUCUGUGCAUUCACAUGGAUGAAUUUUUCGGACAUGUUGUUAACGCCUUGUGGGUUCAUCGAACUGCAUCUGUAGUGAGAAAUAGUUUAGCACCCUGUGUCGUCACCUUUGUGUAAGAUAAUGUUUCUAGCAUGAAAGGUAUGAAGUUAGUGAGUGGACUAUGGCCGUUUGUUUUGAGCUCUGUUUUGCUUUGUUGCAAUUGAAUGGAGCGAGCCGGAAAGGCACGCUCUCAUCUGACCACUGAAUUCUCGGUGGCUGUUAA